AUGAGCGGAGACACCAUCUUUGGAACCAGAGCUGUCGACCAUGCACAGGAGGAGGAGGAGGAGGAGAGAAGACUGGAGGUGGAGGUGGAGGCGGGGAGUGAACUGGUGGUGGCGGGGAGUGGAUUGGUGGAGGUGGGGAAUGGACUGGUGGUGGGGGAGAGUGAACAGGGGGCGGAGGAGAGUAGACGGGUGGCGGGGGAGAGAAAACAGGAGGUGGUGGAGAGCGGACUGGGGGUGGUGGGGAAUGAACUGGAGGUGGUGGGGAGUGAACAGGUGGUGGAGGAGAAUGGACUGGAGGAGGUGGUGGAGAGAGGACUGGGGGUGGUGGGGAAUGAACUGGUGGUGGUGGGGAGUGAACAGGUGGUGGAGGAGAAUGGACUGGAGGAGGUGGGGGAGAGAAAACAGGAGGUGGUGGAGAGAGGACUGGGGGUGGUGGGGAAUGAACUGGUGGUGGUGGGGAGUGAACAGGUGGUGGAGGAGAAUGGACUGGAGGAGGUGGUGGAGAGAGGACUGGGGGUGGUGGGGAAUGAACUGGUGGUGGUGGGGAGUGAACAGGUGGUGGAGGAGAAUGGACUGGAGGAGGUGGGGGAGAGAAAACAGGAGGUGGUGGAGAGAGGACUGGGGGUGGUGGGGAAUGAACUGGUGGUGGUGGGGAGUGAACAGGUGGUGGAGGAGAAUGGACUGGAGGAGGUGGUGGAGAGAGGACUGGGGGUGGUGGGGAAUGAACUGGUGGUGGUGGGGAGUGAACAGGUGGUGGAGGAGAAUGGACUGGAGGAGGUGGUGGAGAGAGGACUGGGGGUGGUGGGGAAUGAACUGGUGGUGGUGGGGAGUGAACAGGUGGUGGAGGAGAAUGGACUGGAGGAGGUGGUGGAGAGAGGACUGGGGGUGGUGGGGAAUGAACUGGUGGUGGUGGGGAGUGAACAGGUGGUGGAGGAGAAUGGACUGGAGGAGGUGGUGGAGAGAGGACUGGGGGUGGUGGGGAAUGAACUGGUGGUGGUGGGGAGUGAACAGGUGGUGGAGGAGAAUGGACUGGAGGAGGUGGUGGAGAGAGGACUGGGGGUGGUGGGGAAUGAACUGGUGGUGGUGGGGAGUGAACAGGUGGUGGAGGAGAAUGGACUGGAGGAGGUGGUGGAGAGAGGACUGGGGGUGGUGGGGAAUGAACUGGUGGUGGUGGGGAGUGAACAGGUGGUGGAGGAGAAUGGACUGGAGGAGGUGGUGGAGAGAGGACUGGGGGUGGUGGGGAAUGAACUGGUGGUGGUGGGGAGUGAACAGGUGGUGGAGGAGAAUGGACUGGAGGAGGUGGGGGAGAGAAAACAGGAGGUGGUGGAGAGAGGACUGGUGGUGGUGGUGGGGAGUGAACAGGUGGUGGAGGAGAAUGGACUGGAGGUGGCGGGGGAGAGAAAACAGGAGGUGAUGGUGGUGGCGGGGAGUGAACUGGUGGUGGAGGGUUCAACUUGGGUGUCGGAACUGAAGGUGCCGCCGGCUUUGGUGGCCUUUCCUUCUCAACAGGGCUCUGGCGAUGUGGCGGUGAUGAUUUCCCACACUUAUCCUUGCUGCAAUCAACUGGCUUGUUCACCACCGGAACACAUUGCUUUUGAGACUUCUGUUUAG